UUAGGUAUAUUUCUAGUUCCGGCAAUCAGUAUACCAUUAAUGCUAUUCGCUGGAUUUUAUGUAAAAUUAGAAGAAAUGCCAACGUACCUGCAGCCUAUAUGCUAUUUAAGCUUUUUCAGAUAUGUAUUUGAAGGAUUAAUGCAGGCAAUCUAUUUUGAUCGACCAAAUCUGUCAUGUUCGGAAAUCUAUUGUCACUGGCGUUCACCAAAUAAGAUUCUCGCUGAGAUGGAUAUGCCAUC